CGAAGAGCCAUCCAGUGAAAUUCUGCGGUUUCCUACUCCUGUCUUGAAUCUUCCCCAAUCUCUUUAUCCAUCAAGCAAACCUCCAUCUCUUCUUCUCGAUACCAAAUACUUGAUAAGAAAGAAACCAUGUCCGACAACUUUCUGCAAUGCUCUCCCAACCAUGUCCUGCCGCCUCGCAAGACCCGGCUACACAUGGCUGCAAAAUCUGGGCUUCUACGCAAUGAAGAACGACUGGGAGCGAACGGUGCAUGUCAAAGAUCAGGAGUCCACAUCGAAGCGCCGCCCACCUUGCUGCAAAUUAAAGGCAACCAACGCGCGAAACAUAAAAACUGGUCGGAGAGUGGUGGUGUUCUCUUGGGCUUCGCCUCGAACGGGAAGGGUUUGUGGGGAUUGUAACAUCUGCCGGAAGUUCGCAGGAAUGGCUGAUCAAGACAACGAUGCGGCGUUUGGAAUACGCAAGAGUAAAGUCGUCAGACUUCCUGUUACAUCACGGUUGGUGCGGACGUUCGUUUCGGAGCUCCCUGAGCGGCUGCUUCUGGGACGGAAUACGCGCUCGAGAGCUAGCAAGGCGGCGGUUCAUGAUGAACAGGUCUUUGAGGAGCAGGUGCGGAAGUUCAGUGUGGCCGACUGAGGAAUGUGGAGGACGGUAUGAGACUACGUCGUCUUCCUCCUCCGAUACAAGCAUGGUAUUGGGAGCGGAAAGAGGGAUGAAGCUAAUUGUGUGACGGUGAUUGUAUCCAGACCUGUGGACACUUCGACGCUGAGUCCUCUGAGCCUCGUCUAUAGCUUCGUCA